AUGAUGCCUCGACCGUCGGGAGUUGUCCGCUAUCUUGGUAUUGCCUUUAUCAUGGUGUUUGCGCUCUACGCCUUUAACAACAAUGCCUACGAAAUCUCAGUCGCCAACCUACAUGGCCAAGGUGGCUUGUCGACAGGCGGCCGUUCGUACAAAGGGAACAGCAAGUCUCACCCUAUUGACAGUCUAAUAUCUGACGCCCAACAUAAGUUCACCGAGCUUCUUCGCAAGGAAACGAAAACCGUCGAGGACGCCGCCCAAGCAUACCGCCAACGCCGGGGUCGCCACCCGCCACCCGGCUUCCACGAAUGGUUCGAGUUUGCACAGUCCAAAAAUGCCCUCAUCGUCGAGGACUUCUUUGACCAAAUUCACCACGACAUCGAGCCUUUCUGGGGUGUUGACGCUGCUGCGAUGCGCCGAGAGUCACGGGCCUUCGAAAUGACCAUCAAUGUGCGCGAUGGCCGUGCCACCGCGGGAUCCGACUGGUUCUGGACGCAGAUCUGGCUACGCCUGGUUAAGAACAUCGAGCACCUGCUGCCCGACAUGGACAUUCCCCUCAACGCGAUGGACGAACCCCGCAUCAUCACACCGUACGAGGACAUUCAACACUGCAUGGCCAAGGCAGCUUCAACGACUGGGCUCACGGAUCCUGACAGAGUCGUAAGCAAAUUCCAAUCUCUCUCGACGGGCGAAAACAAGGAAGACGGCGAAGUGCGCGACAAGAAGUGGGAGGGCGAGGAGACCAACCCUUUUUGGAACCUCGUUCGCCGCGGCUGCCCGCCGCAGAGCCUUGCGCGGACGACGCCUGUACAGACCGACUUCUCCGGUACGCCUGUCUUCAACGCGAGCAACACCAGACCCCACACAUACCACGGCUUUGUCGCCAACAGUACGCUCUCGCGUGAUGUGUGCCAUCAGCCGGACCUGCAGGGACUAUCAGGCGCUUUCAUCGAACCGCUGUCGACUAGCACGACCAAGGUGCUCUUCCCGCUCUUUGGCGGCUCCAAGCUGGCCGUCAACAACGAGAUCCUGAUUCCCGCCGCCAUGUACUACGAGGGCGACCGGCGCUUCACUGGUGGCGAUGACCACGGUGCGGCGUGGCCAGACAAGACGCCCGGCGUCGUCUGGCGUGGCGUCGCGACCGGUGGACGCAACCGGCCCGACACCUGGAAGGGCUUCCAGCGCCACCGCUUCGUCGCGAUGAACAAUGGCACUACGCUGCGCCGCGCCGAGGCUGGCGGUGAAUCUGAUCAGCCGGAGAACUUCGCGCUGCCCGACCCCUCAGUGUACCGCGUGCGCGCGCAAGGCGAGGGCCGCCUCGGGGAGUGGAUUGGCGGCGUGACCGACGUCGGCCUCACGGACCUCGUCUGCAUGCCCGGGCAGGACGACCUCCGCUGCGCGUACACAGACCAUGCGUUCGACACCGUGCGUGGCAUCGUCCUCGAGGAGCAGUUCCAGCGCACUAUCCUGCCCGACAUCGACGGCAACUCCUUCUCCGGCCGCUACCUCGGCUUCCUGCGCUCGACCUCGCUGCCCGUUAAGGCCACGCUCUGGCGCGAGUGGCACGACAGCCGCCUCGUCGCCUGGAAGCACUUCGUUCCCAUGGACAACCGCUUCACCGACUACUACGGCAUCCUCGACUACUUCCUCGGCGGGCCCGGCGGCCGCGGCGCGCACGACGCGGCGGCGGAGCGCAUCGCCAUGGACGGCAAGGAAUGGGCGGAGCGCGUGCUGCGGAAGGAGGACAUGGAGGUGUACGUUCUCCGUCUACUGCUCGAGUAUGCGCGGCUGCUCGACGAUCGCAGGGAGUCGAUGGGCUGGGUCCAGGACGUCCUGGCCAAGCCCGCACUGAUGCGCAAAUGGAGGCAGUGGUAA